GCAAAAUCAUCCCUAUCGAAAGCCUUUGUUUCCUCCAUAGACAUUUCAAUUAAGUCAUGGCUUUUCGUUUGAGUCAUUUGAGUUUUGCAUUGAGCCUUGUGGCACUUGCCCUUGCAGGUGUUGCUAUUUAUAGAAAUACUUAUGAAGCCAUGAUGGAUAAGGGGUCACUCCUCCAAAAUGUUGCUCCAAUUUUUGGUUCGUUGGAAUCAGGCGUAGCCAGUAUUUUAACCUUAAAUAAUAGGGGGAGAAAUUCAGACAAGUACUUGAGACAACAACAAACUCCGGAGGCAUGCGUUUUCUCAGCUGUACGAGGAGUUGUGGACAGUGCCAUUGAUGCAGAAACACGCAUGGGAGCUUCUCUCAUUCGUCUCCACUUCCAUGACUGUUUCGUUGAUGGUUGUGAUGGAGGUAUUCUUCUAGACGAUAUUCCUGGAUCAUUCACAGGGGAACAAACCUCACCACCCAAUAAUAAUUCAGCUAGAGGUUAUGAAGUGAUAGCACAAGCUAAACAAAGUGUUAAAGAUACAUGCCCCAAUAUAUCUGUAUCUUGUGCCGACAUAUUAGCUAUUGCUGCUCGUGAUUCUAUUGCUAAACUAGGAGGACAAACUUAUAAUGUUGCACUAGGGAGAAGCGAUGCUAGAACUGCCAAUUUCACUGGUGCUUUAACUCAACUUCCAGCUCCAUUCGACAACCUAACUGUCCAAAUACAGAAAUUCAGCGAUAAAAAUUUCACCGUCCGUGAAAUGGUGGCGCUAGCUGGCGCGCACACGGUGGGUUUCGCCAGGUGUGUUACCGUGUGCACCAGCGCCAACGUUAAUCCUGCCGCACAACUCCAAUGCAACUGUUCCGCCAUGCUAACUGAUUCCAAUUUGCAACAAUUGGAUACAACUCCUGGUGUGUUCGACAAAGUUUACUACGAUAACUUAAACAACAAUCAGGGGAUAAUGUUCUCGGAUCAAGUUUUGACUGGGAAUACCACAACUGCUGCUGUUGUAACGACUUAUAGCAACGAUGUUAACGUUUUCUUGGGAGAUUUUGCUGCUGCCAUGAUCAAGAUGGGGAACUUGCCUCCCUCAGCUGGCGCUCAAUUGGAAAUUCGCGAUGUUUGCAGCAGGGUUAAUCCCACUUCUGUGGCUUCUAUGUGAAAAAAAAAGAAGGAAAACUUGAAAUUCCGAAAUUUUUAAAAACUUAUUUCACGAUUACUUGCAUCAUGCUUUCUUCAAAAUAAAAGAAUCACUGGCUCCAGAAUGUGGUUCUGGUAUUUGUUUUGUAAUUUAUAUAUAAUAUUUGUUUUCAUC